AUGAUCAAUAUCCCGACGUCUCUCCGAAGGGUCGGAAAGAAGGAAGAAGCCACUGGUGCGCCUCCCGAUGCAAUCCCAGGCGCAUUUCGGCUCGCCCCGCCCUCCCUCCAGCACCAGGCCGGACGGACGGUUACCAUUUCGGGUAACCAACGCUCCCGAUUGGGCAUGCGCAAGGCCAGCGGCACCAAUUGUUCGAGAAGGUUCGACACCACAGGUCCAAUGUAA